AUGAAAACAUUAACUUUAUAUUUAACAAUUACUACAUUACUACUUUUAAUUUGGAUGUAUCAAUGUUUUUAUGACUGUGAUUCCUAUAAAACAUUGAUUGACCAAAAUAUAUUGCAAACAAAAAAUAAGUUAAAAUAUGAAAGAGCAUUAACAGAGGGUGAUAUUGCAGGAAAAAUGCAAACUUACUCGGAAGGAUGCCUAGAAGAAUGUCCAUUAGAUUAUGAAAAAAACAAAUGGGAAAAUCCGUUUCAAUAUGAGAACCCGUACGAUAGAUGGCAGAAAUACACUACUCCAUUAUUGAGGAAGCUAUUUAAUAAGGAAACAAGUAAAAUGGAUCCUAUAUGGAGAGACCAAAAAUGGAAUAAUGAAUGGAAUAAAAUUUCAGCUAAUAAGGUUAAUGAUCUAUCUUCAAUAUUUCAUCGAAGUGAUAUUUCAGAAGAAAAAAAAAAAGAAUUAAUUCGUAGUGUUAAGGAAGAACUCCACAUAGAAUUUUGGAAUUUUUUAAAAGAAUGUAAGAAAGAGGUGAGAGACAAUAAAACACAAUCCGCAUCUAAGAAAGAGAUGAUAGACAAUGAAACAGAAUCCGAAUCUGAAUCUGAAUCCGAAUCUAUGAGAGAGAUGGGAGACAAUAAAACAGAAUCAGAAUCAAUGAAAGAGGCGAGAGAAAAUAGAACAGAAUCUAAAUUUAAGAAAGAAAUGAGAGAAAAUAAAACAGAAUCGGAAUCUAAGAAAGAGCAAGAAAAAAAUAAAAUAAAAAAUAAGAAAUCAAAUAUUUUCAAAUUUCUUUUUAAGAGGUUUGAUAACCAUUAA